AUGCAGCAGAUGGUCAUUACCUACGUGCUGUCGGGGCUGGCCAACAUUGCCGAUGUGAACCCCCGCGACGUGCACACCUCCAUCUUCAACGGCAACAUACGCGUGAACCACGUGUCCCUCCGGCCGGAGACGAUGAACAAGCUUCUCCCGCUGCCCAUGGAGGAGGGCACCGUGCCGGAGAUGGAGGUGCAAAUCCCUAACCCAUCUACGUCGGCCCCUAUGGACGUGAAAGUCCGCCGCGCACGUAUUCUUUUGCAGUUCGACCUGACUUCCCCGCCGGCGGCGCGGACGCCGGAGCAGGUGCUGCACGGCGUUACCGCCACCUCCAUUUUAGGCCACGCGGCCGCUGACCCCGCCGAGGCCUCGUCGGAGCCGGUUUCACCCCUCGACGACCGCGAAAACGAAGCCGCCAACUUCGAUUUCUCCUCCGCAGCUUCCGACGUCGAGGAGGAGGACUUCAAGUCGUGCGCGGGCGACGGCGACUUCUCGGACAAUGAAUCUCUCAGCGACAGCGACAGCUUCGGAUCCCCGACGAGCUUCGACGACGCAGAGGGAGCCGAAGCGCAAGGCGGCAGCUGGUUUGGCUACCUGCGGUCUCGCGCAGCGCAGUCGGUGGCGUGGAUUUGGCGUCGCCAAAUCCGCAUUGCCUUCACGGAUCUCACCAUAGUGCUGCCCUGUGACACCCGCAAAAACAUUCACUACGAGAUCGCCGUGGACUCGUUCACCGUCGUGGUGGAGCCGACCCAGACGACGGGGGCGGAGCAGAUGAAGAUCGUAAAUAUCAAAAUUGGUGGCGCCAACGUCUUCGCCAGCGCCGGCGACGCCCGAUCGCGCAUCCUCGUCGUCGAGGCGCUCUCCGUGACGAUCACGACCGUCUACGAGGCAAACACGGAGCGCGAGCUGCGCAAAAACGUAUCCGUUUCUUUCGACGGCACAAACACAAUAGUGGCCGAUGAGGCAACGCUCUUUGCACUGCUCAAGUGUCACCUGUCUCGUGAGGCGCGGCUCGCUGUCCCGCCCUACUGCCUGCCGUUUGCUUCACUCCGCGCGCGCGGCUCGCUGUGGCCCUACGCGAAGGCUUGCGUCAUCCAGGGUCUGCGGGAUUACCGCCAGCGGUUCAACUUCAACGCGUCGUACCUCCGCUUCUAUGCGCAGGCGCGGGAGCGCUACGUGCAGCUGCUGAACGAGUGUCAUCGAGGCCAGAGCGUGGCGGAGCGCCGGCGUCAGCUGGCCGAGGCGGAACAGGACCUCCGCCACGAGGACGUCAUCCUAUUCCUCCGACGGCAUGUGCAGCGCAAGUACAACGGGGUCGUGGCGGAGCAGGACGGGGACGAGGCGGCGGAGGUGGAGCCGCUCAUCGUCUCUUCCACGCAUAUCAUGUGGAAGGUGGUGAAGGUGGUUCUGCCGGCGCGCAACACCGUCUUCGCGAGCGACACGGCGCUCAUCUUGCGCAACGAGGAGACCGUUUUUACUGUUCGCGCCAUCUCGCUUGACAGCGACGGUGCUGUGCAGGCGGUGACCGCGCCGCUCUCGGCGGCCGAAGCCACCGCAGAGUCCCCCACCGUAAACCUGACGGAGGAGACCUCGCUGUUGUACGUCCACAUCACCGACGCGGCGUCGUCGCAGCGAGCCAAGGUGAGCCUGCAGCCGCUUGCCUUAAGAGGCAGUCUCGACGGCGCACUGCGCUGCGUCACGCCCAUCGCCGACGCGCUACAACGAGUUGGUGCGCAGGCGAGGACCAGUGCGACGACGCCCAUGUCGCAGCCGACUGCCGCCUCCCAAAACCCCUCGCCGCCGGCGCCAGCGGCAAAGGUCGCUACGACCAUCCUGGCGGUGCGCAGCCUGAAGAUUCAGCUGGACGACUUUGAGCUCCUCGUGGACCGCCUCUCCUGCACCACCGCCAGCGCACCGGGGGUGCCGACCAAGCUGGGCUGCACGAUGCGCACCUGCCACCUCAAGCACGCCGAGAGCUACGUCCUGGCCCCGGUGGAGGUGCGCAUGACGCCGCGCGGUAACGUCGUCGUCUCGCGUGUGUCACUGCUGGUGUCGCGGGAGACGUGGGCGGGGCUUCGCAAGGACGCAGACAGCCUCCGGCUCUUGUACGAGAAGUAUCCGCGCUUCAGCGGUGCCGCAUCGGCUCCUAGCGUCAGCAGCGCAGCGCCAGCCGUGUCCAUCGCGUCGGCGAACAUUGAUCUGCUCGCCUUGAAGGGUCUGCAGAGGGUGCUGCAGUGGUCCGCCGUGUCCAGCUGCCCGCCGAUGGAAGUCGACGACGUCGCGAUGGAGUUUCAGCCGCUCGACGCCACCGUCGCCAUUCAACGCAUCAGCGUGCAGACCGUCGCCGCGGCGCCGCGCGGCCCUUUCGGCGCUCACGUCACUCUGCGACGUCUCACGGUGCAGUGCAGCCACACCAAUCGCAUCACCCUGCGCGUCGAGAUGAACGGCGGCGUGCGGGUUGGCCUCAGCCCGGAGCCCGCCCAGGCGCUCGUCGUGGCCAUUCCUGAGAUGAGUGUGAGCGGCAAGCGACCGAAGGAAACGGAAGACAUCUCGCUCUUGGUGCUGAAAGGCGUGGAGGGUGUGGUGCACGGCACGGUGCAGUACUACCUGACGCGGCACAUGCUUGCCGCCAACAGCGUGUGCAUCGAGGACGCGGAGCUGCUCUACAAGACGGACCCAUCGGUGCCGAUGUUCAACGACCGCCCGUGCCUGACAUCGUACAUGCAGGUGGCAGCUGAGGUCACGUCGGUUGAUAUGGAGAAGCUGUCGGCUGUCCCAACGCGCGCCGUAAGUCACGUCUUGGGCGAAGUGUACACCUUCGCCUGUGACGAAAUCAUCUCCGAGAACUACUAUCGCACCUUCUUCAGCUGCUUCAGCGACGUUGCGCUGCGCAUUUCAAUGCACGACUGCGUUGUGCGCUGUGGCUCGGACGAGAGGGCGGAGGUGCUGCUGGUGUCGAUGUCCAACACGACCAGCGAGGAGCGGCUGACGGCGCUGAACGUUUACCAGCCGCAUUUGCAGGCCACCGCCGACAACUUCCCCAUUCUCAUUUUGAACGAUGUUGGCCGGCUCUCGAUGGAAGUCGACGUCUCGUGCGUUGCAGUGCGCGUCUCCGCCCGCGCGGCCGUCUCACCGUCUGACGUGUCCCUCGCGGUCACCCGGCUGAAACUGCAAAUGGCGCUCGAGAAGAUGCCGUUCUGGCGUGCGGAGGCGAUGGAAAUACCGGCGGUGCCGCAGCGGUGGACGGUGGACAACGUGCGGGCGGUGACCCGGCUGGACCGGCACUCCGCGACCGCCGCCUCCGUCUUCGAUGCCUCGCUGAGCGCCUUCUCGAUGGAGACGGCGACGAGUGUGUCGUGGAACACUGGCAGCUCGCUCAGCCUUUCAAUGCCGCGAGACCUUGUGCCGAACCCGCCCGAGAGCGACCGAGGCAGCUGCGCCUCCUCCGCCGACGAGGAGGUGGACACGACACAGGUGACGCUGCGGCGGUGGAGCACAGCGGUAGACUUCUCGGCCGCGCUGUCGGACUUCUACAAGCUGCAGCACAUGAUCCGCGCCGUCGUGGACGCUGCGAGUUGCUUCAGUCGCCGGGUGGUGCUGGCGGAGGAUACCACAAGCACCGCGUUCCACCUCGACGACUGCGGCGACGUGUUCCUCGACUCACCCACGCGGUUGUUGCUCCUGCAGGACUGCACUUUCUACGCCCCGUCGCCCGAUCGGCACAUCGUCGUCUGCCCCGGCACGUCGGUGGUGUUCCGGCGCUGCACCUUCGUGCGGUCCCUCCACACGAGUCUCAUCCGCACCUCGUCACGCGCCGCGCUGUACGCGUGCGAGGACUGUCGCCUGAGCAACGGUGAGGGCUUCACCUCACCUGCGUCGCCGACCGGUGCCGCCAUGCCGUCCUUGGCCACACCGUCGCCCGGCAGCGUCGCCGCAACCCUGGAGCGGCGUAGCACCCGCACCCACGUAGCGGUGGACGAGGGCUGUGUUACCGUUCAGCUCGACUCCGUCUCUCGGCUCGUCUGCGUGCAAAAAGCGCUGUCCCUCACCUGCAAGCGCAAGACGCGGCGCACCUUUGUGAAACUUCGCAACGGCGAGCUGCGGAUGGAGUACGUGGAUGCGGUGCAGCGCGUGCCAGUGCUCGCCAAGACGAUCGCGGAAGGGGAGAUGGCGGUGCUGCUGCCGCGCCGCUCCUGCACGGUGAGCUGCUCCAUCAGCUGCGGGGAGAUGACCAUCCCCGUAGUGACCUCCAAGGUGCGCGCCGUGCAGGAUCGCGUGUCCGUGUUGACCGCCGCCUCUGCCGCCAGCGAGCCCUCCUCCUCGUCCGCUGAUGCGGCGGCGGGUGAGUUGCCGAGCGUAGCCUACGUGGUGCCGCCCCCGCCGCCGUUCUCGCCAGACGCAGCGUCGCGGUCGUCGCCCACACCAGACCGCUUCCCGUACGACUCGUGGAAGGUGCUGCUCUCCCUCUCUCUCAUCCCGAUUGCGGUCCAGCUUCCAGGUGGGAUGAAAGUGGCGAAGGUGACGCUGUCGAACGCCUUCGUCUGGUCGAAGCGGGAGCCGCUGGCGGAGGCGCAGGUCGAGGCGCGCAUUGCACUGCACGACAUGGCGCUGUGGGAGUGGCAGCAGCAGACCUUCAAGUCCGUCGUGAGCAGCCCCGUCUUCCUCGGUGUGCAGGGACGCACCGCCAGCCCCCUCAACGUCAACUUGACGGCUUCCGUCUCGCCCAUCGACGCCACGGUGUCCACCGACCAGCUGCGGCUGCUUCUGCACUCCGUCAUGGCGCCCAGCAACGACGCAGCUGUGCCGACGACGACCACCGCCACUUCCUUUGGCUGGCACAAUUACACCGGCGUGACCCUUCGCGUACGAGGCGGACAAGGGGAUGUGGUCAGCAUCCCCGCUGCGACGAAGCCCGAGGAGCCGACCUUCGUGCCCACCACAGUACCCUGCACCAUCACCGAGGUUGAUGACGUGGUGGUUGACCACGUGGAGCGAGACACGGCUCUCGGGACUGGCCUCAUCAGCACCGCCAGCUUCUCUACUGACCGCGCAGCCGAGGCGCUCUUUUUGUCUCGUAGGGUGGUGGUGCUGGCGGACAAGCGGCAGCUGCACCUCACCGCAACGCUCACGCACGACAUGACGCAGACAAUCUCCGUCCGCACCGUCGUGCAGAUCAUGAACAAGACGCCGUUUUGUCUCAUCCUCGCCGCCGCAAGCCAGCGGGAGCAGGUGAUUGCGCCGUUCGAUCUGUCGUGCGUGCCGGAGGCGAUGCUGUCGUGCUCGGACUUGAGUGUGGCGGCGGCGAAGAGCGCCACCAACUCGCCCCCCCGCUCCACCACGCUGCGGGAGCCGCUUUUCCCCGACUUCACUCCCGCCUCCGCCUUCUACCAGCGCUGCUACCAGCAAGGCUACCCGGCAGCCGACGUGCCACGUGAGUUCGUUUCGCAGCUGGACGGGUCGUCGAUGUUCAUGGUGACGGAGUUUGUGAUGCACGGGCCUGUACUGCUGCUCGUGUUCCGCGCAAUGCGGCCACACGUAGUGAAUGACACCGUCUAUCCGAUGCAGAUCGACGCCGUCAACACGCGGGAUGAGGUGCUCGCAAAGGAGCAGGUUGCGGCAGGCGGCCGCGCCUUCUUCUUUGGCUUGCCCCCGACGAUGAACGUCCGCGCCCGUGUGCGGCUUUUCGUGGGCGAGGAGGUGUACGAGGCACGUGACACCGUCGCCCUCUUCGAUCGCGAGGCGGCCGCGGUAGAGUCGACCGUGGUUCUCGUCCACACCGCCUAUCCCCGUCGGUACUUCUUCGAACUCAACUUGUCCGUCGCCGCCGAUGGCCCUGCUGGCUCGCACGGGGUGGCCCUCACGACGAGUUAUCUGUGUCUCGUGAAGAACUGCACCACGGCGAAUCUCUUCUUCUCGACCGAAGAAGGAGACGCGGUGGGGACGAUGGGCACCACCGGCAUGCCUGGCUCCGUGGACACUGGCGCGAUCGGCUACGUGCCGUCCAACUCCGUUGUCUGCAUCAAGUCGAAAGGGGCGGCCCUGUCGGAGCCUUUCGAGAUCGACGACAGCGGCGAGGGCUGCGUUAUUCAAUGCGACCGCGCCCCUGAGCCCAGCGCCUACUCUGCCUCGUACUUUCUCCUCCACAUGGUGCCGAACAGCCGGACAAAGGUGGCGGAGCUGCUGCCUUCGAUCGUCUUCCGCAACCGCCACCGCCGCCGCGUACUGUGCGUGAAGCAUGUUAUUCGCCACAGCGGCUCCACGCGCGCACUGGAGGAGACGGUGCUCGAGAUCAGCCCACAGAGCAGCCACUGCUACUACACCCUGUCCAAGUACGGCUACACGAACGAUCUCCUCUUUGCCUGGAAAGGCGAGAGCGCUGCGGCGGAGGAGCUCACCUUCUCCUCGGUGGUGGAGACAGACCUGGCGCCGAGCACCACAUGGUGCGGCUUUGUGUGCUGUGGUGCGACGCACCACCAAGUCGAGAUUGCAAAGCGGCACUUGUAUGAGCCGGCGUACGUGACGGUCGGCCCGGCGGUACUACCGCGGGUGAGGCUCGUCAACUUGACCAACACGAACUUCCGCGAGGUGGAGAGCUACCAGGUUGCCUUCCCGCAGCCGUCCAAGAACAACAAGUACCUCCUGCUGACUGCCGCGGAGGGCACGAUGCACACGGUCGACCUGUUGCAAGAGGAGCCGGUGGAACUGGAGCCCGGUGUCACGGUGCAGGUCGUGCGGGCAGAGGAGGACCGCUGCUCGGUCGUGCUAUCCAACGGCCGCGUCUUCGUCACGAUGGAGAAGUCGUGGGUGGAGGAGGUGCAGUUCUCGAUGAACGUGCAAAUGACGACGUUGCAGAUGCGUCUGCGGGACGGCAGUGCGGUGCCGCUGCAGCUCUUCUGGCGGUCUUUCGCGGUGAACGUGACGUGGUGGAGUGGUACGACAUCGCUGCAGUCGAGCGUGACGGGCAUCUGCCUCGACAUCCACUACGAAGGCAGACGACAGCAGGUUAUUGAACCGUUUGAUGCGGACGUCAGCGUGCGGGAGCUGCGCAGCACCACGCGCGACGUAUACCUCAAGGGCUUCUACAUUGGGCUGCAGCCUCUCACCAUCACCGUGUCCGAUGUGCUGCUUUACCAGCUGCAGGUGCUCAGCUCGCGCUGCAAGGUGGACGCGCCGUUUCAGGUCUCCGCGUGGGUGCGCCAGCGGGUGGCGACGUGCAUCUUGCACAGCCUGCCCACGCAGCUGCCGCAACUCCUGCACAUCGGCAGCGCAGGCAUCUCUGAGACGCCGCUGGAGCUGAGCUGGGACCGCAGUGCGCGCCCGCCACAAGAUUUCCUGUUGGGCGACUCGGUCAUCUCAAAGCUCAUCCCCUCGUUACACCACGCCAUGCUGGUCAUACCCAAGCUGCAGCUGCGCAACGUGUCGCGGGUGUCGUUGAGCGAACUGGUCAGACGCAUCCAGCAGAUCCUGGUCAUGGAGGUGGUAAAGCAGAUUCCCAAGAUGGUCACCACCGUCGGGCUCUUCAAGAAGAACUCCUCUCUUUUCGAGAAGCUGACGUCGACGGUGUCGUCUCUGCUGUUUCGUCCCGCCACCGAAACGAACACGACGGACGACGGCAGUUCCUUGCUGCUAUAA